AUGUUAUCCGUACACCUCUUCAGCCACUGUUGAAGGUCAUUCUACAUGCCUGCCUGUUCACCGCUGAAGCCCGCUCACUCAGCCACUUCACCUUUGUCACUUUCCACAAGAAAACGUGAGUGAAUGGACUGCUAUACUUUAUAGUGCUGCGUCAAAAGAGGCGGAGCGGAGGAGGAAAUUCAAUUUUUUUGGGACCGGCAUCAGGAGGUGGGGACAUGACGUGCUAGAGGAAGGAGGCUACCCAUUGGCCGUGCGAGGUGUCAGUCCUGCAUGCUGCUGCAGACGGACAGGCCACUCGAUGAAUAUGGAUGAGAGCAGUGAAAAGGGUGAUGCGGCAGGGAAGACCCCCCCCUUCAAACCGAUGCAGGCUUGAACAAUGCGUGCCGUCUUUCACUGAAAACACUGAGAGUCUGCAUUAGCAUUUUUUCAGACAAUUGAGGCUCUGGCCAGCUGCAGGCAUGGCUCGGAUGCUGCGGUGAAAUCUCUUUUUCUGCACCCGCUGAUGAAUUAAACCUCGGUGAAAAGGGUUGACUGGCCGCAUUCCUCAACACUACCAUUGCACCUAUGCCUAGGCUAAUGUUCAGAUCCCCUUUAGAGAUUGUGCCCCGGCAUUGAUGGCGAUCUGACAGAGGACUUGAGAAGCAGCAGAUCUCAGAAUGGAGGAGGGCGAGUACUUCCUGAAGGUGCUGAUCCCCAGCUAUGCAGCCGGCUCUAUAAUUGGCAAAGGCGGCCAGACCAUCGUACAACUGCAGAAAGAGACGGGUGCCACCAUUAAGCUGUCCAAAUCCAAAGACUUCUACCCAGGAACUACAGAACGCGUCUGUCUGAUACAGGGUACAGUCGAAGCCCUCAAUGGUGUUCACAACUUUAUUGCGGAGAAAGUCCGCGAGAUGCCCCAGAGUGCCCAGAAACCUGAGCCAGUCAGCAUACUGCAGCCGCAGACCACAGUCAACCCCGACCGUGUCAAACAGGCCAAAUUGAUUGUGCCCAAUAGCACAGCCGGGCUGAUCAUUGGCAAAGGUGGUGCCACAGUGAAAGCAGUCAUGGAGCAGUCAGGGGCUUGGGUGCAGCUCUCGCAGAAGCCAGAGGGCAUCAACCUGCAGGAGCGAGUGGUAACCAUCAGUGGGGAGCCCGAACAAAACCGCAAGGCUGUGGAGAUCAUAGUGCAGAAGAUCCAGGAAGACCCUCAAAGCAGCAGCUGUCUCAACAUCAGCUAUUCUAACGUCUCCGGCCCAGUGGCCAACUCCAACCCCACCGGCUCACCCUAUGCCAACACGGCCGAGGUCCUACCCAACGCUGCCGCAGCGGCUGCCACUGCCUCCAGCCUUCUGGGCCAGGCCGGCUUGACAGGAAUGGGCGCUUUCCCUGCUGCCAUGUCCAGCUUCUCUGGCAAUGAUCUGUUGGCCAUCACCUCAGCCCUCAAUACACUGGCCAGCUAUGGUUACAACACUAACACCCUUGGCCUCGGCCUCAACCCUGCAGCUGCUUCUGGGGUCCUUGCUGCAGUAGCAGCUAGUGCUAACCCAGCUGCUGCUGCUGCAGCCAACCUGCUGGCCUCCUAUGCUAGUGAUGCUUCCGGCAGUGCUGGCCACCCUGCCACGGGCCUCGGUGGGUUCUCCCUGGGUUCUCUAGCAGCUGCUACAGGGGCUUCCAAUGGUUACCUAAAUGCUUCGUCCCCGCUGAUGGCCUCCUCCCUAUUGGCAACAGAGAAGCUGGCUGAUGGGGCCAAGGACGUGGUUGAGAUUGCUGUUCCCGAGAAUCUGGUGGGCGCCAUUUUAGGGAAAGGAGGGAAAACGCUGGUAGAAUACCAGGAGCUAACGGGAGCCCGAAUCCAAAUCUCCAAAAAGGGAGAGUUCAUUCCUGGUACUCGGAACCGUAAAGUUACCAUAACAGGGUCGCCAGCCGCUACACAAGCAGCGCAGUAUCUGAUCAGCCAGAGGAUCACUUACGAGCAGGGUGUGCGCGCUAACAACCCACAAAAGGUGGGCUAAAAGGAAAAAGAAGAGGAAAGAAGGAAAGGAUGAAGACAGAGAUAGAAAGGAAUUGAGAGGGCCACGAUGAAUAGAAAAAAAAGAAAUGUCCAAAUAUCUGUUCAAUAUUUCAGUAUCAAAUGAGAGAAUCACAAAGGAGGAGGUGGGGGAGACAACCAAGAGUGUGUGUGAUAUGUGAAUGUGUUUUCAGGACUGACGUCCUGAUGUUUUUUAAAAGUUUGUGUCAAGUCCUUUUGACGAUGGCGAUCAGAGUAAGCUGAACUGGUCCACUGCCAAGCUGCAGAUUCAAGGGUGAGGCCGCAGAGUUUCACCCUCCUCCAAAACCUCAUAGCUGUUUUGUUUUGUUUUUUUGUUCCUUUUUUGUUUGGUUUAUUGGUUUUCAUUUCAAUUGCGAACUUCAGCUCCCGGUGAGUUGAGUAUGUCAGAUGAAUUUCCAGUAAGCUAACAGAGCUGUUCUACAAACCUCACUCUUUGUAUACAAUGCAGAAAGGCAUUGUUAACAGGGCACAGGUUUUAUGACAAGCACUUGAGGUCAUCUCAAUCUAUGGGGAACUAAUCUGAGUAUAACCAUGUCUACUUUCACUUGCAUUUAAUUCUGGCUCAUAUCAUAAUUAAAGUUUCUAAAUUUGGGUAUUUUAUAUUUUCAUCCUUUAUUUAUUGAUAUGAUUCAUUCAAACACAAAUAGAUAAUUUAAACCUGUGAAUGCAGGUUGAUCUGAAUGUAAAAACAUUAUUAGCCUGUUGCUAUUUUUUAUUUACAGGGAUCAAACAUUGUGUUGCAUUGAAAGAAAUGUAUAACGCAAACCCAGUCUGAACUUCACUGUUGCUGUCUGCAAAGAAGAGUUCAGGGGUUAAAUAAUCAAUGUGAGAGGAUAGAGGAGACACACAGGAAUGUAUAAAUAUAUUUACAUGAAAACACAUAGAUGACGCUCCCACAAAUGCACAAACACUAAAACAUAUUUGCAUAUCCAGCCACAGCUACAAACACACAGAAGUACAUUUGUUGUUCUACCCUUUCUUGGUGCUAUAGGAUAAGGUUUUUAUCUUCUUUGCCAUGAAAUGAGAAUCUCUCUGGCGUCGACCUUUCUCUUUAGAAGAAAAAGGUGAUCAUCCAGCCAUUAGUAGCCCAUUGGAUCUGACCCAGCCUUUCACCUAAUGAAAUAGGACUGAUUUCAGCACUUCAUGAUAGAAAAUAAUCCAGUCUCAGUACUUCUAGUACACUUUCACUCCUAAUGCAAGCUUUCUUUUCCCCAAAAAUUGGCCAUACUCUAGAUUUAACCUGACACUAUUUUUGCAUCAGUCACACAUUUCCAAUUCCAGAAAAAGUACUCCAACCAGUUCAGAUCACAAAGCACCAUGAAAGCAUUUUAUUAUGAAAAGCUGUAUGAACCAAUAUCUGUGAACAAAUAAACUAUUGCCUUUACAUUAAGGGUACCAAAUAGUCAAGAGACAUGAACUAAUGAAAGGGAAGUAGAUUGACACUUGAAAAGAAGGUUCGGACUCACUUUUCCAGCGCGCCAUCCUUCCCAAUUUGCAUCAACGCUCACUAACUUGAAGUGGAGCACAUUAUGAAAAAAAAAAAAAAAAAGCAUCAUUGUCUGUUAUGGGCAAGUUGCCUAAUGCAGGGAGGUUAAUUUUCUUGAGCAUUUACAAGCACGCAAAGACUACCUUGGCUUCCUUCUGUGCUGCUAUCCAUAGUGUUCACCCUGAGUACACUGGGUCUCUGAAGACUGCACUGUGAGACAUUAAAGAACACAACGUAAAGCAUGUCUGUCCCUGUUUGGGAUGUGAGUAUAUUUCAAUGUGCACAUCUGUGUCACAUACACAACAAAACCUACCAAUACUGACACACAAGAGCAUUUGUACUUCAGCGUCUUGUGAUGUUUCUGUUUACCAGUACCAACGUACUGUAAGUAAAUGACCAGACAUUUUCUAAUCAGCGAGCCACAAAUUAUUCCCCCUCCACAUAUCCCUGCACUGUUAUCCUCCAGCCCUAUUACGUCGACCGUCUACAGACAUCUUUCAAUUGUCCCCAUCAACCCAAGCUCUAUGAUCAGCUUCCUAAAUACACGGCUGUGAGGGUUGGUGCUGAGUAGUGUCCAAGAAAAAUCAGAGCCACUCCUGAUUUUUGGAAAAACGAAUGACUAGCCUUGUCUCUUUUCAUUACCAUUAUUCAUGUUUGAAAGUAAAUGGAUUUGUGACUCUUUGUGUCUGAGCAUUACACGUGGCAAUUGCAAUAGUGAGCCUUUUCUUCCUAACUGAAAUCUUUCCUCUCACUACGUGUUUGGAAGGCUUCACAGUCAUCAUUAACUACAAUGUGGCCACUAGUGAAAUCAUAGCGUAAGAUAACUUUUUACUGCCCAAGAUUUUAGCAUAUAAUAAGAUACAAGCACAAAACAAGGGGGUGUUUUAUCAAUGCAACUGGACUGCUUGCCUGAUCAAUACUGAUCAAUACGUUGUGCCAAAUACGAUUUCUCUGUGCCCCCUCAUUAGCUUUUCUCUUUCUCUCAACAUUUUAUUCCCAUCCAUGUCGCCGUUUUCUCGUCAUUAUUCUGAAUCGUCCUCCUGUGUCCUGAUCCUCGUCUGUGCUUCUUCCUACACUGUGCUCUCCCCCUCUUUCUCCUUCCUCCUGUCUCGUCUUCUCAUGGGCAGUGUGUCGUGCGUGCUGCUGGUGGGAGUUAUGCACUACAGGUCAUAAGGGUAUGAAAACAUUUCCCCAGGCUGCAAGAGUUCACAAGGCUAAAAUGCACAGAAAACACCUGCCUCCAAAACUGUGACACCCACUAAAACCAACCAGCAACAUUUAGUUCAAAGUAUCAAAUUCCCUCUUUAAGAAGAACACGUAGGAUUUAGAAAAGUUUAGACUGUGAACUAUGGCCUUUUAAAGGAAGAUGUGUUUUUUUUUCCAGCAGAAGGCAAAAUCUUGGUUGAAUAAAUACUCAUAUUUUGGCUGAAUAAACUGAGCUCAUGUUUCAGCCUCUAAACAAAGUGUAGGAAGGACAGAAUGCGUAUGAUACUGAGUGGAAAGUGGGAACCUGUUUGUGACCUCAAGCCGAAACAAUGACAUCCUUUAUGCAUAUCCUCUUAUCUGAAAAUGACUAGAAUCCAUUUCUGUGGAAAACAAUAUGUCAUGUCAUAUGAUCUAUAUGUACUUUAUUGUAGCUACUCUAGUUUGUAGUCCAAAUGCAGUCCAGCGUUGUCGAUACAAUGUGAACUAUGUUAUAUUUGUGUGGAUGAUGAGAGUGCCAACUAAGCCUGACUAAGAUUAGCUUCGCGAUUUGUUUGUGCAUUAUGAUGACUCAUCAUCAGCUGGUGGUGUCCAUAUUUCUGUCAUUGAUGAUUUAGUUUGACAGUAAGAAAAUGUAAAGAUAUUGGAAGCAAUAUAGUAGCAUGUUGUCCUGUUUUGUGUUUUAUGUCUGUUGUAUGAACCUUUGAAAUUACUAAGAUUUUGAAUGAAUAGGUUUACAUGUACUUUUUGUAAGUUAUGAAAAUGCUGCUAUUUGAUAAGUAAACUAUACAAAAUAUUUUAGUUGAAAAGAUGUCUGGUCUGUUGAUUAGAAAUAUGCUCUAAAAGGCUGGAGCAUAAUACGAGGUGUAUAGUGUACUAUACAUUAUUGGUAAGAUAGUAAAAGUAAUAAUAGACUCCAUAGUACAUCCUGUGCCAAACUAGACCUCUGCAGCUUCUAAAAUUGUAGAUGUGCGAUCAAAUGUUAGAUAUCAAUAACUUGUUUAGAAGUGCUGAUCAAGUGCCAAUCAAACACUGUCUUUUAAUUUAAGAAAAGAUAAUCAAAUACAUUACUUAAGAAAACAAAGGACAAAUAACUUUUUUGUGCAUCGUUUAAUCCCAUAGGUACAUAGAAUAAGAGUAAAAGAUUGUGAUUUUUAUGGAUCCAUGUUGUUUUACACAUGCAUACAUGCAUCCCUUGUGUGUUUGUUUGACCUGUGGCUUAAGUACUGCUGUUUUCUCACAAAUGUCUCUAUAGGCCAGCAUGGACUAAAGCAUAACAUGUUAUAAGCAUUCAUAACAUAGCCAUUAACAAUCAAAAAUGUGUUUGUGGAGUUAGGUGUUAUCUUUUUGCACGUCUUCUAUUGCAUGGUAUCAAAGUAAAUUAUGGAGGAAAAAAAAAUUACAAAAAUUUUGCGAGGUGUCUCUCGCAACAUUCAGAAACAUAACACUGCAUGCAGUCAACUGUAAAAGCACUUAAGUUUUAUUCGCCUCAUGUGUUUUGUUGUUUUGUUUUGUUGUUGUUUUCUAAAAAAAAAAGAAGAAGAAGAAAAAGUUGUUUUAUUUCUGUUGUGAGUUGGGAGGGAGCUCAUUAUUGUCAUGUUGGCCCGAAAAAAACAAAAAGAAAAAAAAGACCGACACAGACACAGACACAGACACACACACACACACACACCGACGUCUCCAAACAAGUUUUCAUCAGUUUCAUCCUCUCUACACAUUAUCAGAUAAGAUAUGUUCAUUUUAGAGUGGGGAGUAUUAAAAAUGUGAAACAAGCAAACGUGAAAAUGUUAUUCAGUGUAUUGGCUCCUUGUGUUUUUCUUGUUUUUCUUUUAUCAGGCAUGCAUUUGUUUUACAGACAGGUUGAACCUCAUAUAACCUGUCCCAUGACGACGAUGUUAAGAGUUUUUUUUGUUUGUUUGUUUUUUUUUCACAGCUUGAAAGCCCAGAUCUAAUCUAUGAAUGUACCCAUAUGUUUUUUCUUUUUUUUUUUCUUUUCUGUCAAAUGUUAUUAUUAGUCUUCAAUGUCAAUUCAGGGCAGGAUUGUCGAGAAACAUGUAGAGUUAAUAUCUAUGUCAAUAACAGAUUUCAGCUACAGUAUAGUCAGGUAGGCCUCGCAUGGCCAUAGUCACAAAACCAGUUAUGUUUUAACACAACUUCCGAUUCGCUGUCAACAUUAUCUUGUUUGUUUGGUGUUGCAUAAAUGCACUUUACUGAUAAGUGGUCAUAUUGGCUGUGAAAUGAAGCAAAACAUGUUGUCUUUUAACGGUUGUUUUCCUAUGUUACUUUGAAAUCAUUUUAUUUAUUCCCUGAUCCUAUUGGGUCUCAUGAAUGAUGGAAAGGGCUGGAGUCUCAGACAAAAUAGAAAAGUUGCACCUGAACCCACUCGAAGGUUCUCCUUCACAUUCCCUUCAGCAGAGGUUUGUGUCAAUUACUGAAUGCUGUAUUCUGAGAUAACGGGUGAAACCAUGAGGGAUGUGUACGACUUUUGUCACUUUUUGCGAUGUCUUUUGCUUUUGAGUUAUGACUAUUUGAAAAAUUCUCUUCAUUUCUCCAGCACACUGGGAUUGAAGCACUGGGGUGGAGAUAUUGAGGGAUGCAAACUCUCGGGCUCUGGCUGAUAUUAACUGUCAGAUCUGAGAAACGUAAUUGGCACCAGCAAAAUGAAGAUCGCCUCUGCUACCACAAUAAAAAAAAAAAAGAAAUCACAGAGGGAAACCUACUAGACUUUGAAAGUCCUAGUAACAUGAAUUAUAUCUCUGUCUCUUCGUGUUUCAACCCCCUGUUGUUGCAUUUACUGCUUCACAUAUGAAUGCCAAACGAACUUCAUCAUUCCAAGACUUGUCAAGUAAUUUUUUUUUCUCCACUUUUUCACUCCAAAUGUAUUCUGGACGCUCAUCCAACCCUUUACACUUCUACACCCCCCCAUGGAACCCUUUCAUAGGAAGGCGACAACUGGUUUUAUUCACUACAAACUGGCUACGGCUGCUCACUCCUCUCUUAAAACCUCAUCUACCUGAGUGUCACUCUCUCAGACUACACAAUGUCACAGUUUGUCUUUCGUCACAAUGAGCACCUGCUACUGUGUCCCCCUCUUGGAAUGGACUGAGGUAUUUCUGAGCCCGUUCGUCUGAGAACAUGCAGGACAUGAGGCCAUUUUUUUCUUUGACCCUCUGAACCUCCCAUGAACAUAGUUGACCUUCUCCAUCUCUGAGAACUGUCUGAGUACUUUCUGUUGGAUUUUACACCAUUUUUACCGUCAAAAGUGUUUGUUUUUCCUGGUUCUCCGGACUAUUCUGCAGGGCUGAAUGCUUGCUUAAGUGUAAAUUGAAGAAAGCAUGCCAGUACCUUGCAGACAUUGUCAUGUCAUUGUCAGUUUUUCUUGGAGAUCAGUUUGUACUUCUUUUAACCUCUGUUCUUUCCAUAUCAGAAAAAAUGGACUGACAGCAUAAGAUCGUAUAUUCCAAACUAAUCAAAUUGAUGUUUUGUUGAUUGGGUACAUCUCUCUUGGAUACUAUAAUGAGUGGUUUGUUUGUUACAAGGAGAAUCCAUGAUAGUCCAGCAUUAAAGGCAAACAAGGGCUUUCAAGGACAGCAUUUAUAUGUCUUUUAAAAUUAAAAUGUACUCUGAACAUGUUUGAAAAAUGAGAGGAAAAUGCCUUCUUGUGCCAUUUUAGGAAAAGUGCAAAAGCUUUUUAAUGGCAAAUAUUUGUCAGCGAGAGUGCCAAAUAAUUCCAUACUGAGCCAAAAGGCUGCCAGCCUACAUAACUAAAUGUUAGAUCACAGGAAUGGUUACGUCCUGUCGCCACUCCUCUUGAAAAACAUCACCCUAAUUGUGCGACGUUUGAGCUCGUGUACCAUUAUUGUUAUGCUGCCAGUCUGUUUUCUGCUUUUGUCAGAGGAACAUCUCAGAAGCAGUAUAUUUUCUAAAUGACACACUGUUGAUUAAAAAAAAACAAAAAAAACAGCAGCUACUAUGGUGAGGGAAUGAGAGGAUUUUAAACGUGUCAUUGUUUUUUAUUAUUAGGUUUAUUUGAACAUUAUUCAUUAAUAGAUUUAACGGUAAUGACUAUUUAAUGUAACUGUAGUACUGUGUUUGUAAAAGAAAUUCAGUGAGUUGUGUUUUAUGACUCGUGGACUACCAGUGAAGUCAGCAUUUCAGUGUUAAUAAUUGAAUUGUUUUUUAAAGAUUAUUUUUGCGACGGCAACAAAGAGUCAUUAUAAAUGUUCAUUUUAACAUCA